AGUUGCUGCAUUAUAUACUUCUGCAUGCAAGUGACUGCAGAUAUGCACAUCUCAUUUAAACUUUAAUUUUACAUCAAUUAGUUAAUUUACCCACAGAUCAGUGGAUUUUUAUAGCAAAAAUACUGAAGGUCUCACUCAGUUCAGCGUUUAUGUUGAAUGAAUUAUUAUUAUUUGAAAUUAUUUUGUUAUUGUAUGUGUUGCAUUACUCGAACCUGAAAUUUAGAUUUGUCGUCGAAGAUGACGAGGAUUAUUCAUUCGUGAUGAUAAUGAUGAUGAUGAUGAUAGGAUUGAGAAUUCAAUGUGCUGGGGUUGAGGGUGAUUUACUUACCGAGUGGACCUGUCUCUCUGAAGAAAUUAAACUAUAAAUAGGAGUGAAUUUUUUUAGUGAAUAAAUUGGUGAUUUAUUUUAUUAAACUGAUGUUGGAUAAACCAAUGAAGAUGAGUGGAAUAAUUCCGGAGAUGGAGCAAAUAAUAAGCCAGCUGGAGCGUGGCACAGUGGUGACCAAGUUUUUUCAGCGCAAGAAACCAGAGAAAAAGACCCUGAUGAUUCGAAGGGAGACAAGACAAGUGGUAUGGGCGAAGAGUCCCACAUACAGGCCCUUCGAUGGGACAAUUGAGAUCCGUGAGAUUAAAGAGAUCGUCGUGGGUAAGAACUCGAAGGAGUUCGAUAAGUGGCCAGAGGAUUCGAAGAAAAUAGAGAAUCUCAGGUGCUUUGUUAUCUAUUAUGGUUCUGAAUUUCGGUUAAAGACCCUGUCAACAUCAGCCUUCAGUGAGAAAGAGUGCGAGCUCUGGGUAAAGGGUCUUCGUUAUCUCGUCAAGGAUACGAUAACAGCUCCCUACCCCCUACAGGUGGAACGCUGGCUGCGAAAAGAGUUCUACUUUAUGGAAAAUAGUCGGGAGUUGGUUAGCCUCAAGGACAUUAAGAGUUUUAUGCCCAGAGCAAGCUGCAAAAUUUCCACUAAUAAAUUGCGAGAGGUCUUCCAGCAGGUAGACACCAGGGACAGGACAGAGUUGGGAUUCGACGACUUUGUCACUCUGUACCACAAAUUAAUGAUCGAUUUGACGGCCCUCUGCGACUGGGACAUCCUGAGUCUCAAAUACUCGCACACAGGAAAAAUCGUGACACUCUCGGAAUUCCAGAGCUUUCUCACAACUGAGCAGGACGAUCCGCUCAGCACCACCUCCUCUCUGGUAUCGAAAUUCAUGAGGGAUUACCUACAGGAUCCCCAGAGGGACGUACAGGAGCCGUAUUUCACAUACCACGAGUUCAUAGACUUCCUGUACUCGAAGCAGAACGACAUAUGGAAUGACAAAUACAAUCGUCCUACCCAUGACAUGAAAAAACCACUCUCUCACUACUGGAUAGCCUCCUCUCAUAACACCUACCUUAUGGGGGAUCAGAUCAGUAGCGAGAGUAGCUGUCAAGCCUACGUUAGAGCUCUGAGGGCAGGCUGCAGGUGUAUCGAGCUGGAUUGCUGGGAUGGUCCCGAGGGAAUGCCCUUUAUAUUUCAUGGCCACACUCUCACCACGAAAAUCAAAUUUCUCGAUGUCAUCAAGACCAUUAAAGAGCACGCAUUUGCCACCUCCGAUUAUCCUGUCAUAAUUUCCAUUGAGGACAACUGCACUCUCCCACAGCAAAGGAAAAUGGCUGCCACUAUGCAGGAGGUAUUUGGAGAGUGCCUACUCACUCAGCCCAUCGAUAAAAAUGAAACGUCACUUCCCUCCCCUCAUGCACUUCGUGGAAAAAUUAUUCUUAAACACAAGAAACUCCCUGAAGGCGUUGACGAGAGCACAUUUAUCGUGAGAAACAAUGAGCAACUUCCCCACGAGAUGGACCUAAGGAACACUGUGAAAAACGGAAUCCUCUACUUGGAGGAUAUAACUGAGAGGGAGUGGUAUCCACACUUCUUCAUACUGACCAAGCAGCAUUUGUACUACACAGACACAUUUACCCAAAGUCAUGAGGUGGAGGACGUCGAGGAGGAGGAUAAUGAGACUGAUGAGAACAGGGAGGGAUCUUUCACCUCGGACACGAGGAGUUUCAACAACAUCACGAGGACGAGAAGGAUCAACGGCCACUCAAUUCCCAAUGACGAACUCCAUUAUGGAGAGAAGUGGUUCCAUGGCAAGUUGGCAAGUGGAAGGGGAGAGGCUGAAGAACUUCUCAGGAGGUACUCCCACCUGGGGGACGGCACGUUUCUCGUUAGGCAGUGUGUAACCUUUGUGGGAGAUUACUGUUUAUCAUUCUGGAGAAAGGGAAAGGUCAAUCACUGCAGGAUUAAGUUGAAGCAGAGCAUGGGCCAGACUCAGUACUAUCUCAUCGACAGCGUUUGUUUUGACAGUCUCUAUUCCCUGAUAACUCAUUACAGAAAUCAUCCACUGAGGAGCCAGGAGUUUCUGAUAACCCUGAGGGAACCGGUACCCCAGCCCUGCAAGCAUGAGGAGAAAGAAUGGUGGCACAGCCAAUGCACCAGAACAAUUGCUGAGGAUGUUCUCAAGAGAAUACCAACAAAUGGUGCUUUUCUCGUAAGAUCCAGUGAGAAGGACAAUAACAAUAGCUAUACAACGUACGCUAUAUCGUUCAGGGCUGAGAAUAAGAUUAAACACUGUAGAAUUAAAUUUGAGGGAAGGCUGUAUACAGUGGGCUCCAUUCAAUUUGAGAGUCUUGUGGAGCUGGUGAGUUACUAUGAGCGUCAUCCUCUGUACAAGAAAGUCAGACUGGCUUUUCCAAUCAGCUCGGAGAUUAUAGCAAAUGUCCUAAGCUCAAUUGAUGGUCUCAAUCAGGUGCCUGACGAGGAUGAGAAUGAUUAUGAUUUACCUGGCUAUAUGGAUCCUGCUGCUUUUCUCUCCAAAGUCACUGUCAAGGCUAUUUAUGAUUACAAAGCCAGGAGGGAAGAUGAACUUACUCUAGUUAAACAUGCUAUCAUCACGAAUGUUCACCGCCAGGAGGGUGGCUGGUGGCGAGGGGAUUAUGGGGGGAAGAAACAGCACUGGUUUCCAGCGAAUUAUGUGGAGGAGAUUGAUUGUGUCGAGGGCAUCGAGGGCGAACAACAGCAUCUCGAUCCAACUGAGGCGAUGCUCCUUGGACACCUCCAGAAGGGAGCGUUAGACAUAACUGGGGCUGUAGUGGAAAUUGCUGUGGCUGAUAGGCCUGGACUCGAGUGGAGCAUCAAGAUUCAAAAUCCUAAUAUGUGUUCUGUUUUUGAGGCCUGCACACCAUCCAAGGAUAUUGCUCUCGAGUGGGUCGGGGCUAUUAAGGAGACUGCACAGCAUGCCAAUGUCAGAGAAAACCAGAAUAAGGAGAUCGAGAGGGCUCUAAGGAUUGCCAAGGAGAUGUCCAAUCUCAUUAUUUACUGCAGGUCUGUGGCGUUUGACAUGGAAAGGGUGACGAAGGGCUUUGUCUUCCAGGAGAUGAGCAGCUUCCCUGAAACAAAGGCGGAGAAGCUUAUUUGCCAGCAAGAGCAGGCUUUCUUCUUAAAAUAUCACCAGAUUCAGUUCAGCAGGGUAUACCCAAAAGGACAGAGGAUUGAUUCCUCCAAUUAUAAUCCUGUGCCUUACUGGAAUGCUGGAUGCCAGAUGGUGGCUCUGAAUUAUCAGACUGGGGACAAGGCGAUGCAGCUGAAUCAGGCGAAAUUCAGGGAGAAUGGAAGCUGUGGUUACGUUCUCAAGCCUGAGUUUAUGAUGCAGGAGGGCUACAUCACCGGUGAUAAAAGAACCUUGAGAGGGGUGGACAUCUUGAGGUUUCAUCUAAAGAUUAUUGGGGCCAGACAUCUUCACAAGCAGGGGAGAGGUACAGCCAGUCCUUAUGUCGAGGUCGAGGUUCUGGGGGCUGAGUACGACAGUGGCACCAAACUUACCACUAAAACCAUCUCCGAUAAUGGCUUCAAUCCCAUGUGGAAUGAAGCCUGUGAGUUUGAUGUUGUCAAUCCGAAUUUCGCCCUGCUGAGGUUUCUCGUGCAGGACGAGGAUGUCUUCGGGGACUGCAAUUUCCUAGGACAGGCCACCUAUCCGGUCCAGUGCUUAAGGACUGGGUAUAGAAGUGUUCCACUGAAGAAUCAGUACAGCGAGGACCUGGAACUUGCCACUCUACUCGUACACAUCUCUAUUACCACAAUUUCUUCCUCGUCCAAGUGAUGAAUACUUUAAUUAAUGGAUUUUUUUUUUUUUUUAUGAAAUUGUAUAUUAGUGAUUU